UAACAACGUAACAAACACUUCUAACAAGUAUAUAAAACUCCAAACACUGGAAGACACACCAACUCCACCGUGAAAAAGCUAAAAAGGCUUUAGAAAAAAAAAAUGGCAAUCAACCGUAAUUUAAUCUUCUUCGCAGGGCUAUUAACGUCUUUUACACUCGCCAGUUUCCCGGCAAACGUUGCCGCCGGCGAGUCACCUCUCUUAUUCACCUUCGGCGACUCUUCCUACGAUGUAGGCAACACCAAGUUCUUCUCAUCAGCGUUCGAUCCAGCCACCACCUGGCCAUACGGCGAGUCAUUAGAUUUUCCGACCGGUCGUUGGUCUGACGGCAACAUUGUCCCAGACUUUGUCGGUCGGUUGAUUGGUAAUCAAGAACCGGUACCUCCGGUUCUUGAUCCUAAAGCUGAUCUUUCACGUGGAGCAAGCUUUGCCAUUUCUGGAGCAACUGUUCUUGGAUCUCCAUCUGACACUAUGAGUUUUGGACAACAGAUAACAAAGUUUAUAGAGUUACACAAGAAAUGGAGCGAUAAAGAACGAGCAGAAGCUUUAUACAUGAUCAACAUCGGAGCUGAUGAUUACUUAAAUUUCGCUAACGCUCAUCCAAAUGCUAAUCUUGUGGAGCAGAUUGCAUUUGUUGCAAAUGUUCUUCAAAAGUUAUCCAGAGAAUUAAUGAGUUUGUACAAGUCAGGUGGUGCGAGGAAGUUUGCGGUACAGAACAUAGGACCGCUUGGUUGUUUACCAAUAGUGAGACAAGAGUUUAAGACCGGUGAAAGUUGUAUGGAGAUGGUUAACUUCAUGGUGAAAACACACAAUGAACGUCUUAGUCGUGUGCUAUUUGCUAUAACCGUAAGAUACCGUAGCUUACGGUACAGCGUCUUUGAUUUUAACGGUGAGAUUCUACGAAGGAUUAAUGAACCGUCACGCCAUGGGUAUAUUGAUACAACGACAUCUUGCUGUGGUACUGGAUCGAGAAAUGCGUACGGGUGUGGUUAUAGUAAUGUGCAUUCGAAACUCUGUAGUUACCAGAAAGCGUUUUUGUUUUUUGACGGGCGUCACAACACUGAGAAAACCGAUGAAGAUAUAGCUAAUCUGUUUUACUCUGGAGACAGACAUGUCGUCUCUCCGGUGAACAUAAGGGAUCUUGUAGGUAAAUCGGUGACGUAUCUUCCAGCGCAAGAAAUCUAGAAGCCCUAGUUUCGUUCUGCUUGUUUGUGAAAUAAGUAAAUGGUUUGGUGUUUGUAAUAUGUAAAACUCUUAUUCCCUUUCAUUAGAAAAUGGGAAAUAAAAACAAAAAUCAAACCGUUUAAAUUUGAAAAGGCCUAGGGUUCAAACAAUGUUUUGAGAUUGUAAGGUGCGGUGACAUUAGUGAUUAGGCUAUUCAAAGAAGAUGUCAUCUUCAGCUUUUAGGCAUAACACCCUCAACCACAACAUGCCAUCUUCCCUUGCUUGAAACCGUAUCGAGAAGGAUUAUUGGGAGAUCUACAAGAUUGACCUAAUUCAACGGUCAAAACUAAAGAUAUCAUCGAUGAAUGGGUGAUACUUGGAACUGAGAAGUGAAAAAGUCGAAAAGAUAGUAUUUGAAUUUGGGUAGUUGGUGCUUAAUAUUAAG